AUGUCGUUGCUACAACGGUCAAUUAGACGAACCCUACACACCGUCUCGCGGUACAACGAUCCAGGAAAACCCAAAGUAUCCGAGGUGCUAACGGCUUACCUUAAGCAAUGCAAUGAACCUCCUUGGACAUCGUAUUUCAUAAAGCACAGUGACGUCCGAAACGACCAGUUCGGUUGGUCACACUUCAACUGGACGCUCGAUACCGGCACCAAUUAUCACAUCCUGCGAACGGGCUGCUAUCCGUACAUGAAGUACCACUGCACCAAGCGGCCCUGGCAGAACCUGACGCUCGAGGAUCGGUUCUUUCGAUGCAUCAAGGUGGCGAAUCUUGGCCUGCCGCAGCUAUUCUACGGGUUGGCUGCCGUUUUUCUCAUCCGGCACGUCGAGCUCGUUAAGGUGGAAAGUGCAGCAGCACCGGUGCCUAUUUAUUUCCUGUACGCGGAAGACAAGGGCUCAUUGUACUAA